AUGUUAAGUCUUUUACGUCCAAAUGACUACGAGUAUUCCAAGUUACUGGAGCAGGAGAAGAAUAGGGAAACAGUAGUCCUUUACAACAUUCAAAAACCCAUAAUUCUCUGCCUCCAUUUGCCGAUAAUCAACAUGUAUAUUGGAUUCAGUAAAAAUGCUUUCCUGUCACUUACUUUUCUUAUAUAUUUGUUCUCUUUUUCUGCUCUGGUCUGUGCCUUGCACACCAUUACGCCAUCUCUGCUGAUCCAAGAACCAGAAACAAUAAGCUCAAAUAAUAGCAUAUUCACGCUCGGAUUCUUCAGGUCUGAGAAUUCCACAAAUCGCUACUUUGGAAUUUGGCUUAUGACUGAAUCCACUAUUGUUUGGGUAGCAAACAGAAACAACCCACUGACUGAUUCUUCUGGGGUUCUCACAAUAUCAGAGAAUGGCAAUCUUCUUGUUUUAAAUGGGCAAAAAAAGGUUGUCUGGUCAACAAAUGUCUCACAUAUUACAGCAAAUUCCAGUGCUCAACUCUUGGAUUCUGGCAACCUUGUACUCGUAGAUGGAAUUACAGGAGCAAUGAUAUGGGAGAGUUUCCAACAUCCUUGUGAUACGUUGUUACAUGACAUGAAACUUAGCACUAAUCAACGAACAGGUGAGAAAGUACAACUUACAUCAUGGAGAAGUACAUCGGAACCAUCCUCAGGAGAAUUUUCUUGCAGUCUUGAACACCUUAAUUUUGCACAAGUAUUUGUGUGGAAAGACAAUCGUCCUUACUGGCGAAGUGGUCCAUGGAAUGGUUCAGACAUUCUUGGAGUACCUUGGAGAUCAUCUACACUUGGAAAUGGGCUUCAAGUGAAAGAAGAGGAAGGAACUGUUGAAGUAUCUUUUCAUUUCACAGACAAGUCUUUACUGAUGAUUUAUACAAUAGAUUCUCAAGGCAGAUUAGAACAACGAGGUUGGAAUUUCCAGAAAAAUAUAAGGGAAGUUGGGUGGGUAACUGGGGACUUUGAGUGUGAUGUUUAUGGUAAAUGUGGCCCAUUUGGGAUCUGCAAUAAGCAGAGCUCACCAAUCUGCAGCUGCUUGAGAGGGUUUGAACCAAAUAACAAAGAAGAAUGGGCAAGGCAGAAUUGGACAGGUGGGUGUGUGAGAAGAGAAGCACUUCAGUGUGAGAGAGACAAUAAUAAUGUCUCUCAAGGUGGCCAAGCAGAUGGCUUUCUAAAAGUUGGAAAGUGUCUUGGCUGUAUGUUUUGGAAUGGAGAUUUAGUUGACUUAAUGAGCAACUCACCAGCUGGGGUGGAUCUUUACUUACGUCUCGGCUCCUCAGAACUUGGUACGUUUUUCAAUUCCAGAAAUUUCAUUAACGCCUUGGACUGA